AAUCAGAAUCUGAAGAAAUGGCAUUCCCAGAAAAUAGCUUACAAAUGUUACGCAUGUUUGUAGAUACAAUACCAAAUUUUGAUGGUAAUUUCAAUACACUACCAAACUUCCUUUCAUCAUGUGAUUAUCUAUUCGACACAUUCAACACUUCUGAAGAAACGAUUAAGAGAUACUUGUUGAGAGUGGUACAGACUAAAUUAGUUGGUAGGGCUCAACUUUUGGUUGGCUGUAGAACAGAAUUAAAUAGCUGGUCUUUAAUAAAAAAUGCUUUAGAGCAGUGUUUUGGUGAUAAUAGAAGUUUAGAAUGCUUGGAACAAGAUCUAUUUCUGGCCUCACCAAAUAGAAAUGAGUCACCCUUAGAUUUUGGAAAAAGACUUCAAAUUUUAAGGAGUACUCUUGCACAGAAAUUGAGUAUUUCAGACUCAACGCCCGAAGUAAAAGUCGCAAUGAUGAAACAGUACGACGGUAUCUGUUUGAGAGCAUUUGUGCGCGGAUUAUCAGGACGUUUACAAACGGUUAUUCGUUUGAAAAAUCCUUCAUCUCUAGAAGAAGCAAUGGCAUAUAUUAUUGAGGAAGAAAAUUUCCAGUAUACGCAAAACGUUUUCAAAUUCCCAAAUCACUCAAAGACUCCAUGUAGUAACACACAAAAUUCAUAUUCCAAACCACAGACAAAGUUUGGACAUUCAAAUAACAAUUACCGUAAUCAGGCACCAAAUCAGAAUUUUCAUUAUCAAAAAUUUCAAGCUCCUCAUCAGUCGAAUUUUCAACAAAGUUAUCGACCUCCACAAACUUUUCCAGCUGACAGAAACCGGAAUAAUUUCCCAAGUCGGCCGAUAAACAUCCAAAGUCGAAAUAAUAAUUUUCAAAAACGCUAUCCAACAAAUCAAGAAGUUUUCGGACCACCCAGAAACACGAACGUCUUCAAGCCCAGGGGAACAGUACCGCAUAAUUCCCCAUAG